UGCUUGGUGAUGAGUCUUCAGACCUACAAAAGGCACGCACUCACGUGCCUUUAGCGUCUGAGAGCCACCAGCCGAGACAAGACGCAGUAGCUCAGAAAGAGGCUUCGAACUAUGCGGACAUCAGUGAGGACUUUAGUCACAUGAAACUCAAUGACCCCGACCAUAGAAGUCAUCAAGACAUAAGUGACAAUUGGUUUGAUGCUAAAGAGAACCUUACAGGAGUUGAUGUCUCCAGAAUACAAGGGAAUCAAAUAGAACAAGGCAGAUGGAGUUCCAAGGUUACACCAGAGAGGAAGAGUGCUGAGCCCUCACGAAGAGAGAGAGCCUAUUUGAUCCACGUGGGUGGGCUCUGCCCCUCAGUGUCUGAGGCUGAUUUGAGGUCCCUUUUCCAGAAAUACCAAGUUUCUGAGAUUUCCAUUUAUGAUUCAUCUACUAAUUACAGGUACGCAUCUCUGGCUUUUAAGAAAAACAGUGAUGCGAAAACAGCAGUGAAAGAGAUGAACGGGGAGGAGAUCCACGGGAAGCCUGCGAGCGUGCGGCUGGUGAAGACUCCUGGGGAGUGUACGGCACCUCUGCCUUCCAGAAACGGAGGCAGGUCCAGUGGGAAUACUGCCGAAAAAAGCACCAGCCAAGAAACCAGCUCGACCACCUGCAUUUCUCGAGUGCCCAAAACGAGGCCCAGGCAGCUGGGCUCCGAGCCAGACAGCGAGUUUUUCCCUUUUGACCAGAAGGGUGUCAAGAAGAAUUGUAAAGAGAUGGAAUUGCCCAUGUCCUUACCUGAUGUGCCCACUCGCUUCAUACCGCCACAUUCGCUGAACCUGCGCAGCUUUACCAAGAUCAUGAGGAGACUGGCUGAGUUGCACCCCGAGGUCAGCAAAGACCACAUUGUUGCGGCCCUUCAGGAGGUGAGGCUGAGUCGCAAAGGCUCUCUGAGCGGCUUGUCUGUGAACACCAUUGUGGAGCUGACAUCAUCUGCUUUGAGAAAUCCUGCAUCCAUUUAGUUAGGAACAUGAGCAUUAGAAGACUCCUAGGAAGGCCUGAGCGCCAGCCUCCAGAGAAAGCUGUGGUAACAAGAUGUCUAAUUAGUCUACAGGAAGACUCAGCUGCUUAGCCCUCUGGAACCCUGGGAACUGUUGCUAUAAUAUUAAGACCUUUAUAUAGGAUUAAAGGAUGACUGUAAUAAGUUUAUAAGCUUGGUAUUUCAAGAUUGUUAUUAGAGACUUGAAGCAGCAUGUUUUGGAUAAGAAAGAAUAGUGCCCGCAAAGAAAAGUCUUCGUUCAAUUGUUUUCUGUACUUUGCCAAAGAGAAAGUGUGGCCUCUGCGUUUGUCGCAUGAUCCCCAAAGAUGAAACGCCGGGUCCUUGGUGGUUGUGCAUAGUUCUCAGUUGUGUGCACCUCUCAGACUGGACCGUGGGGUGACAGAUAAACACUGAAUUCUAAUAGGGAACAUUUCGGAACUUAUAUGUGUUUAAGUCUCCAAGAAAGGCAAAUCACUGUGACACAUGUGAUGUGUUUUUAGGAUCUCAACAUGAAGCAUUUGGAUGCAUUCAGGGAUCUGAGAUGGCGUGAAAAGUUCCAUUUUCUACCAACCUUUUGC